AUGGCUGGCCGCUUUUUAUCGCUAUCUCUUUCCCGCUCUCUCUUACUCUCUUUAUCUCUCUCCCUCUUUUCUUUCUGCCUCUCUCCUUCUCUCUUCAUUUCUUUGUCUCUCAACCCAUCUCUUUCUCCGUCUCUCCCUCUCUCUCCCUUCCCUUUUCUCAAUCUCCCCUCUCUCAUUUUUUAUCUCUCUCACUCUUCCUCUUUGUUCCUCUCUCUAUAUCUACCCCCUCUAUCUCUAUCUGUUUCUCUCUCCGUCCUUUUUUCACUCUUCCUCUUCCCGUUCUUCUCACCCUCUCUCUUCCUACCUUUUUUUUAUGUAUUGGUUCUUCUUCUUCUUCUUCUUCGCUUCUUCUUCUCCUCCUUCUCAUCCUCCCCUUCUUCUUCUUCUUCUUCUUCUUCUUCUUCUUCUUCUUCUUCUUCUUCUUCUUCUUCUUCUAUCAUUGUUCAUUUUCUCCUUUGUUCCUUUUGUCGUCAGUGCGUUAUCUAUCUAUCUAUCUAUCUAUCUAUCUACCUAGCUAGCUAUCUAGCUAUCCAAGUCUCUUCGUUAUCUAUCUAUCUAUCUAUCUAUCUAUCUAUCUAUCUAUCUGUCGCAGUCUGUUCUUUAUCUAUUUCAGUCUGUUCAUUUCUCUUUAUCUAUCUAUCCAAGUCUCUUCAUUAUCUAUCUAUCUAUCUAUCUAUCUAUCUAUCUAUCUAUCCAAGUCUCUUCAUUAUCUAUCUAUCCAAGUCUCUUCGUUAUCUAUCUAUCUAUCUAUCUAUCUAUCUAUCUAUCUAUCUAUCUGUCCAUCUAUCUAUCCAGCAGUUCGUCCAUUUCAGUUUAUUCAUUUCUAUUUAUCUAUCUAUCUAUCUAUCUAUCUAUCUAUCUAUCUAUCGUUAUCUAUCUAUCUAUCUAUCUAUCUAUCUUCUAUCUAUCUAUCUAUCUAUCUAUCUAUCUGUCGCUGUCUGUUUUUAUCUAUUUCAGUUUGUUCAUUUCUGUUUAUCUAUCUAUCUAUCUAUCUAUCUAUCUAUCUAUCUAUCUAUCUAUCUAUUCAUGCAUAUUCUUUACUUAGCUUCUCGGUAUCCGAGAUAG